GUCUCCUCGAAGGUUGCUUGCGGGGAGGAUGGCGAGGGGCCGGACUUGUGGACCUGGCGCUGACCCCAGGCACACGCUGGCGAGGGCAGGCGGGUGGGAAGGGAACCAGAUGGUGGCUCUGCUCCACCCUCAGCUGGAACUACAAGCCCCAGAAGGCUUUGCGCCAGGGGGCCUUGGCCCCCCUGACCUCAGGGACGGAAACUAUUGUUGCCUGGCAACAGCAAGCCCGUGGGGUUGCAGCAGCAGGCGGCAAAACUGCUCUGGUGAGCUCCUUGCCCAAGUGUUUCGAGGAAGGGGUCGCGAACCGGGCCGGGAAGGCAGCGACGGCGGCAUGUGCGAGGGCCCGUCCCGCAUCUCGGGGCCCAUCCCCCCAGACCCUACGCUCUGCCCUGACUACUACAGGCGGCCGGCCUCGGCCCAAGGACGGCUUGAGGGAAACGAGCUGAAGCUGGACCUGCUGACUUCGGACCUCGACUUGGACGCCACCCCUCCGCGCGGCCCCCGCAUAGGUCCUGGAGCCAGAGAGAUUCUGGAGCGUGGCCGGCGUGGCGUCGGGGGAGUGCUGCUGCAACUCGGGGGCAUCUCCCUAGGCCCAGGGGCCUGUCCCAAGAGGAAGGACCCUAAAGACCAUGAGAAGGAGAACCUGAAGCGGAUCAGGGAGAUCCAGAGGCGCUUCCGUGAGCAGAAGCACAGCCGGGAGCAGGGCGAGCCCAGGCCUCUGAAGGCUCUGUGGCGCUCGCCCAAAUAUGACAAAGUGGAGUCCCGGGUCAAGGCCCAGCUGCAGGAGCCCAGCCCUGCCUCUGGAACAGAGCCUGUCCACUUCCUGCGGGCACACUCCCGCUGCGGCCCUGGGCUCCCGCCACCUCGUGUCCCCAGUCCUCAGCUAACCCCACCAGGCCCCAGUGCUAAGGGGCCAGGCCUAGGUGUGGACUUCAUUAGCCACAAUGUCCGCACUGCCAAGAGGGCCCCCCGGAGGCAUUCUCGCUCACUGCAGGUCCUGGCACAAGUGCUGGAGCAGCAACGGCAAGCCCAAGAGCACUACAAUGCCACGCAGAAGGGCCACGUGCCCCGUUACUUGUUGGAACGCAGGGAUCUGUGGCGGCAGGAGGCUGAGGCCCGCCAGCAGAGCCAGCCGGACCCUGCCAUGCCCCCUGGCCACACUCGCAUGCCUGAGAACCAGCGGCUGGAGACACUGAGCAAUCUGCUCCAGAGCCAGAGCCAGUUGCUACGUGAGCUGGUGCUGCUGCCUGCUGGGGCAGAUUCACUCAGGGCCCAGGGCCACCGUGCCGAGCUGGACCGGAAGCUGGUGCAGGUAGAGGAAGCCAUCAAGAUCUUUUCCCGCCCCGAGGUCUUUGUAAAGAUGGAUGCCUGAGCCCUUUUAUGGGGGGUUGUUAUGGGGUUCCUCACUGAGGAUUGCCACAUGGUUGCAAAGGACAGGAUGAGGCCCCAUCAUAGAAUGGAGUCUGAAGACAGGAGCGAUAGGGUGGGCAGUAUCCCCAGAGCACUCUUCCCUGCCACUGGUGGCUGUAGAAGGGCCAGCCCAGCCUCUUAACCCCUUUGUCAAAAUUAAACCUUUUGUACACAGUGAGGUUUGUUUCCAUAAGAGCUUUUCUUACCCUAGAAAUGCCAAGCCUGGUGCUCUCCUGCUGCUUGACAGCAGGAAGGUCUCUCUCUUGUCCUUAUCACUCCUGCCUCAUGUCCAGGGCAGAAGGCAAAAUUGUGAGACCAUGGAGGACAUUAAGGCUGGGACACAGAAAGACCAUGACUGCAUUUGUAGAAA